AUGCUCAUCGACGGUCAAAAGUGGGCUUGCGAAGCUUGCAUACGGGGACACCGUGUGACCAGCUGCAAACAUCAUGAUCGACCGUUGAUUCGCAUCAAGCGCAAGGGCCGGCCUUUCGCCACCUGCUCCAUCUGCCAUGCCACUCCCUGCUCUUCGCCGAGCGAACAUGCCCGCGCACGGCGCGAGGCAGAGCUAAAAUCUCCCUCAAAAAAACCGCCGCACGCCAGACUCUACCCUCGCCACCCCAACCCGGCUGGCUUCCUCCCGAUUGCGCCGCGGCCGGACUCGAAUAACGGCAAGAACAAGAAUCACAAGAAGACACCUCCAAUCACUCGUUCCGCCUCCACGUCCUCGUCCGCGCACGUUUCGUCGUCGGCUCAGCUGCCCACGCUUGCGUCGUCGGAGCGCGCUGCGUCUAUCAGCCACGCUGCUCUCUGGCCGGGAGACUGGUCGGGUUCUGAGACUUCUGGCGCAGAGUCUCAGACGCCGCUCCAUCGGCUGUCGAUUACAUCGGAAUCCUCGGCGGGGGGAGCCCAGAUUAGCAUGGUCCAGCCGAAUAUGUCGUUUGCGCAGUCGGCGCCGGGGAUAUUGUCGCACCAGGACCAUGCCUCUUCUUUACUGCCCCAGGCGAACGUGUUUGACCCUGCCUACUCCCUCCUUCCUACUACUUCCACUACCACGUCUGUCUCCGAUGCUCAAUUAGCACAGACACUGAUUAGUCCCUCGGAGGGCAUCAAUCCGUUUGAUUUCCCGUUGGACCCGGCGCUGGCUCUGGGAGAUAGGUCACUUGGUUGUUUGGAUGACUUGGAUGUUGAUAUGACGGAGGGUUUGUCGGAUGAUACAUUUCAUGUUGAGGAUUGGUCAAGGUAUAUGUGGUCACCGGAGACGGGCUUUGAGCAUUUGGAUACUGGGUUUCCUCCGCCUAGAUCGGAGUGA